GGGCGUGGCUUCACAGACAAAACACUCAAGCUUGCGCUCACUGCGCUUCGGUUUGAUUGACAGCUCAGAGUGACUGUAACUCAGCGAAGGAACCGGCGAAGAUGUCAAGUCCAAAAAGAGUUUGCAUCGUCGGCUCUGGGAACUGGGGUUCUGCUAUUGCUAAGAUAGUUGGCACAAAUGCAAGGAAUAAUUCAAAGUUUGACUCCACGGUUAACAUGUGGGUGUUUGAAGAGACGGUGAACGGACGUAAACUCACAGAGAUCAUAAAUACAGACCACGAGAACGUCAAGUAUUUGCCUGGACACAAGCUUCCGGAGAAUGUUGUGGCGGUGCCAGAUCUGCUCGACGCUGCCAAGAGCGCUGAUAUUCUGCUCUUUGUGAUUCCACAUCAGUUCAUCGGCCGCGUCUGUGACACCAUGAAGGGCAAAAUCAAACCAGACGCGCUGGGAAUGUCACUCAUCAAGGGGGUGGAUGAAGGCCCAGACGGACUGAAGCUGAUCUCAGAGGUUAUUCGUGACAAGCUGGGCAUCAAGAUGAGCGUGUUGAUGGGAGCAAAUAUCGCCAAUGAAGUGGCAGAUGAUAAAUUCUGUGAAACCACAAUUGGCUGCAGGGAUCAAGCUCAAGGGGCAUUGCUUAAGGAACUCAUGCAGACGCAUCACUUCCGGGUCACGGUCGUGCAGGAAACAGAUGUGGUUGAGAUCUGUGGUGCUCUGAAGAACAUAGUGGCAGUAGGAGCAGGUUUCUGUGACGGCUUGGGUUUUGGGGGCAACACGAAGGCUGCGGUGAUCAGACUGGGUCUCAUGGAGAUGAUCAGCUUUGCUCGGUUGUUCUGCACCACCGGCUCGGUCUCUUCUGCAACUUUCCUGGAGAGCUGUGGCGUCGCUGAUCUCAUUACUACUUGCUACGGAGGACGAAACCGGAAAGUUGCAGAGGCUUUUGCCAAGACCAGGAAGUCUCUUGAAGAGCUUGAAAAGGAAAUGUUGAACGGUCAGAAGCUACAGGGUCCAGCCACGGCCGUUGAAGUUCACACCAUCCUUAAAAACAAAGGUGUGCUGGACAGAUUUCCUCUAUUUAAUGCUGUGCACGGGAUCUGUUACGAGGGUCGACCUGUUACUGAGUUCAUCGACUGCCUGCAGAAUCAUCCAGAACAUCAGUGAAAGAAGAACAGAGCUGCAAUACUGAGUAUGUGUGAGUGUUUGUGUGCUGUAUGUAUGUAUGUGUGCCCUGCUGAACAGAAUAGCAUUGCUCUUGUUAUAAAUACCUCCUAACUAGAUAAUACUUUCUUAACCAACAGCAUGUCAGUCUCGGUCUGUUCAGCAGGGAGUGAGUGUGGGUCACAUUAAGAGUGACCAAAAUCACACACGGCCGCUCUCUCAGGUUUUGUCAUAGCUGCUGCUCAUUUUUAAUGAAUCCGUCCCGCAGCUGUGUACUUUCAGCCACUUUAUUCUGCAGAAAAGCCUCAAAUGUCAGACUGAGCGCUCCUCUUUAAGUGCCACUAAAGCUGUUACCAUCCAUUCAGAGUGAAGCGGUUCUGAGUCGCACUGAAAUGAAUGUUCUUAAUAUGUAAUGUGAAAUAAAUAACUGUAUCUGUGAGCUCUAGCUGUCUAGACAUGGUUUUGUGAAAUAAAUAGAAUUUUUUGGGGUUGUA